AUGACAUUUAUAGUCACGUUGGCUCAUUUCUGCGAGGUUCAUGGUCCUUCUAUGGUAAUGUGCACCCAGGCUGUGGGGCCUGGUGAGUUGUUGUCGAAGUACUAUGGAUCUGGAAUUCCCGAUUCACAACUAUGCGAGUCGUGUAGGUUGAAGAUACCCAAGCAGUCCACUGAAGAAAUGCCCGAUCCAUCCACCGUUGAAACUAAAUCUAAGGUUAACGACUCCAUGUACAUUUCAACACAAUUUCCGACAUCUCAGCACCGAUACUCGUCGCUUCGACAUAUUAUAAUGAGGGUGUUCACUAUAGAGAUAUCCUCUAGCACAAAUCAACCCCUCAUCUUUGGAGAUGCCAGGGCCGGUUAUUCUAUGGCAUUGUUAUUUAAGAUAUUUGAUAGUACGGCACGUGGUUCUGAAAGAAAGUACAGCAUUAUUGUGACUUCGGAUAAAGAAGACGAUAUUUUUGCUAACUAUUCACUCAUUCUCUUGAACCUUUCCAAGACUGUUGAGUACAUCAUUUCAAAAUCUAUGCAGGUAAUGGAAAAGGCCGGAAAAAAUAAUGAUAAUAACGAUGUCUAUCUUAGAAGGUCGGCUGGAGUGCCGAAAACCAAGAGUUUGGUCACCAUAAUGGACGACGAAAGCUUCUUCGUUAGGCUUCAUCUACUAGCGUCUUCAUUACUCGAGGAGUUACGAUGCUAG